AUGGCUCGCGCCGAUACGACCGGUCGUCCGCCAAUCUACAAAGCCGUGGGUGUGUCUCUAGCAGUCGCAUCAGGAGUGUUCAUCGGCAUCUCUUUUGUGAUUAAAAAAAUUGGCCUUCUCAAGGCGAAUGUAAAGUAUAACGAAGAGGCCGGUGAGGGAUACGGUUAUCUCAAAAACGCUUGGUGGUGGUUGGGUAUGACUCUUAUGAUUCUGGGCGAAAUCUGUAACUUUGUCGCAUACGCAUUUGUCGAUGCGAUUCUGGUCACUCCGCUGGGUGCGCUGUCCGUGGUGAUCACCACCAUUCUGUCGGCAAUAUUUCUCAAAGAACGGCUCAGUUUCGUGGGCAAAGUGGGUUGUUUUUCGUGUAUCAUCGGAUCAGUGGUGAUUGCGAUGAAUGCCCCGGAGCAAUCGUCGGUCAGUGACAUUCAGGGGAUGCAAAAGUUUGUCGUUGCACCGGGCUUUCUCACCUACACCGGUGUGAUCCUGAUUGGAGCGGCUGUCACUGCGAUCUGGGUAGGACCCCGGUACGGCAAGAAGAGCAUGGUCUUGGUUCGGCCAUCCUUGCGCAGAUUCGAGGGGGAGUCGCAGUUCAAGCACUGGUUCCUUUAUGUGCUGCUUGUCUUCGUGGUCUGCACCUUGCUGACCGAAAUCAUCUACCUCAAUAAAGCGCUGAAUUUGUUCAAUGCCGCACUCGUGACACCCACGUAUUAUGUCAUGUUCACCAGUGCGACCAUCAUCACCUCGGCGAUUCUGUUCCAGGGGUUCUCUGGAAGUGGGAUUCAAAUUGCCACUGUGAUUAUGGGUUUCCUACAGAUCUGCGCUGGCGUUGUCUUGCUUCAACUGUCCAAAUCUGCCAAGGAUGUACCCGAUGCCGCCGUCUUCAAGGGUGACUUGGAUCAAAUUCGUGAGGUGGCUGCACAGGAAGAGCCUGAAUUUGAGCCCAAGGCCGAUUCUAUCCGUGGUGCUGCCUCAAUUCUGCGCCGCAUCUCGACCACACGUCGGGACAAUGAACAUGAUGAAGUGCGACGCUUUGCUCAUGACAAGCAAGAAGACUUUUUGAAACCGCCCGGCCAAAACGAGAUUAUCGAGUGGGAUGGUAUCCGUCGACGCAAGACCGUCAUUGGCGAAGGUCCUACUAUGUCUCGUCCGAGGACACCACGCACCCCUUCGAUCAAACAGCCAGCAUCGCCGGUGCCUCCUCUGCGGAUGGCCAGAUUGCCUGCCGAGGGAACCGAUCAUGAGGAUCGUCCUGGCUCGAGAGCAGGCGGACACAAUUUCCUCGCCAGUGUGCUCCAGUCGGGCCACUGGCUCUCCCUGCACAAGGCUGACGGAAAGGAUCCUACGGCAGCGGACGCUACCGAGAUGACCACCAGAAACAGUGGCGUUGACACCGAAUAUCAUGGCGCCGGUGGCAGUCUCGAGGAGCCUGCUUUUCGCUUUGGAGGUCGCGAGCGAAGCGACACACCACGGUCUAUUGCCUGGGCGGACGAGAAGGAAGACGAUAGCCGACCGCAAUCUCAUCACACCAUCGAGCCGCCGUACGCUGCACGUCGUCAAUUUUCAUUUAACAGCAUGUUUAACCGCCGUAAGGCGCAAAGCCAGCCACCAUCACCCAAACGCGUGCAGAGUCCCCCUCGAGGUAUCUUGCGCCGUCACCAUGGCGUUGACGGAGAUGUUCGCAAAUCUGCCACUGAAGAAGAGCAACUUGGCCUGGUCCGUGGAGACUCGCGGACCGCAGAGGAAGCCCUCGGCGAAAAAUUAGAGCGAUGGUCCAGUUCCGAUUCCGACGCCGCUGAGAUCAGUCACCCUGCCGUACAUCAUCCACGACCACUGCCUUCCGGCCGACCUCAUGGCGACUCUGUCUCGAGCAUGUCCACGUCCGCAUUCCCUCCAUAUGAGGAUCACCAUGCUAUAUACGCGCAGUCGGGCAACGUCUCGAACCCAUACUAUCUCCCACAAAACCGACAAGCGACCGCCUCCCCAGAAGAUAUGAACGAUCAUGAUGGCUAUGAUUAUCCCCGCUCAAGAACCAGGACCAACUCGUCUUCUCACGCGCGAGCUCCUCCGCCAGCGCAUUCAUCCUUCUCCGCGCAUCGUCAUCCGAACCCGCUCCCGCCUCUGCCUGACAACACGCCCCUCACCCUCGAGGACAACAUGCGAUCUGUCUCGAAUGAUUCUUUUGACCCGAGGGCUGUAUCAUUCUCUUCGACUGAAGCUCGUGACGACGAUAAUACGCCUGAGUCCGGAGCCGCAGCAGGCCCCAGCACACAUGUAGGUGGAUGGCGGCGAGAUAUGUCUGAGACCACAGAGACGAACAGUUUGGACGACAACUUGUCUCGAAGAGGAAAGAAGGGGUCCUUCCUUUGA